AUCGAUAAAAUAAACUCAGAACAUCGUGUUUGAUCGAAGCCAACCAUCGCUCCCAAAAUGGCGACAGACGUCGAAUCACCAUCACCGCAGGAGAAGCCUAGCACCCAGCGGCCACCACCUCCACCACCACCAGCAGAAACUUAUUUGACUUCGAUAAUAAAAUCGAAGCCAGUAGAAGAAACAGCGCCAUGGAUCGAUAACGCAAUGCAACAAGCUCUUAUUUACCAUAAAAACAUCCAAGACUCCCUUGACACUGCCAUAGAAGCUUCAAAAUCUCGCUUUUCUGAAAUCACCUCGACUUCUCAAGCUCAUUUCAGCCAAACGAUUUCAGAGAUUGGUGUUUAUGAGGGUAAAUUAUUUGGCAAGGUUAAAGAGGAGAUUAAUGUUGCAGCUUCGCAUCCGUUGAUUACGAGCGCUGUUGCUGUUGGAUUGGGACUUGUGGCUCUUAAAAGACCAAGACAAAUUUUGUAUUACAAGACCUUGCGUCUUUUUACGAGUGAAGAGGCCUUGCUUUCCCAAGCUGAUGCUAAAGUAAAGGAAUUGCAACAGUCGAUUAGCCUCCUGAAGGCUGAAAGUGAGAAUUUGAAGAGGAGGGCAUCGUUAGCUGAAGAAGAAUUGAUUAGGGGAAGGACGAAGCUCAGGCAUGCAGGGAAGCAGAUCCAAGGUGUAAUUUGCUCAGCUUACAAGAUUGAAAGACAAGCUACCGGUUUGAGGGAUAUUCUUGGGGAGUUGCCUAGAGCAGAUGCAUCUAGAUUUCAGUCACAAAUUUUUCUUACAUAUCGCUCCAUUGCAGUACCGCUAAAAGGCAAGAUUUUAGAAUUCCAGGUUUCCAGCUUAGCUUCCGAGGCAAAGCAAGAAAGGAAUGCUUUGUCCAAGAUGAUCACAAAAAUCAGUAACUAUAGAAUCUCAGUUUGAGAAUGCUAUUUGCUCGCUGUCUAUGUUUGCAAUGUAUUGGAAUUUUAACAUCACAAUUCACAAUCACGUAUCUUCCAUGCAAGAUAUGGCAUCACUUCUUGAGAUUUUUGAGUUUUGAUUCUGCUUUUUGUUAGAAGCAAAAGCACUGUCGAUGGCACAUCUUUCAUCGGCCGGGAAUUAUUUCAGUAUAUACAUUGGAUGAAUACAGACGUGAAAGAAUUCCAUUGCGAAUGGAUAGACUACAGGAGUACAGCGUAGUCUGUCUUUCCCAAAUUGUAUUUUAGCGUUCGUACCUGAACAUUCCGGUGGAUGUUUCAACUUGCUACUGGUCCAAUAAUAUCAGGCGCGAUGCUUCGGCAGGCUUCAAUAGUUAUGUUAGUGUAUUUUGUAGUCUGAAAGCCCAGAUCUGUUAUAAAAAUUAUAUUUUUAUGUGGGAGAAAAGUGUAUAAAACAUCUCAGACAUGGUAGGUACGCACGCUUGUACUUUUGAAUACCAUGCGUGUGGAAGAGAUCUGUCAGCAAGAUGGUUAAAAAAGUUUUAAUCAACCUGCCAUUUUCAUUUUUUUUUA